UGAGCCUAUACAUUUGCCCGAGCUGCUUUGCCACAUCAAUCACUGUUGGCUUUUCUUCUUCUGAGACAGCUAUCCAUUUUAAGGUUAGCUCUGCAAGGGCUUGCAUUUGCAGCUUAUUCCCAGAAUAUGGUCCAUCUCCAAGAAUAAUGAGAUCCACUAUCUUAUCAAACCCAUCUUCAAGAAUUGUAACUUACACAAAUUUUAUUUUAACUGUCUAAAAGGGUAUUUAUGAAAAAUCGUAGUAGAUUUUUUGUGCCUCCAUCAGAGGUAUGGAAUUCUUCUAGUCAACCAUGAGUGAAGUCAAUCCCAGAAAUUUCCAUGACUUUUUAAAAUGUUGACUAUAAGACUUCUAUAUUUCCAAGAAACAACCAGAUCUCUGGUUAUAUAAAAUCAGCUUCAGGUUCAUCUUUUUAUGUGUAAGCGUCAAUCUUGGAGCUGUCUCAAAUCAUUCCUCAGUUUUCUUCAUCUCAACACAUGAAUUGGUCAUUAACAGGUACAUGAACUUUUCCCACCGACUGAUGUAAAAAUUUACUGUAACUGUAUAGCAAAUGUUUUCUCUUUUCUUCACAUUAGACAGUGAUCUUGGUUGAGAUCUAUCUUUUAACUGUUAACCAACUACUUUUAUCCCUUUGAAUAUGUCAUGGUUGAUCGGCAAGACUUCCAUACCACCUCUGCCAUAAUAAAAAAUCCACCUCUCUGUUUUAUAUAUUUGUUCUGCUUCAGAUUUUAUCGACAAGUUAUCUGAUCAAACUCAAGCCUCUCCAGCUCCGUCGAUUGUGAAAGGUCCGGCCAUCCGCUGGUUAGAAUGAAUUGGUUUUUCAGCAGAAGAAAGGAUAAGAAAAAGGUAGAUGACAAACCAUUCUUAAGGAAUGGCGCAAUUUUAUUAGAGAAGUUGAUUACCUCGUCUAAUGGUAAACAAAAUCCAAUUAGAAGUUUCUCCAUUGAAGAGCUCAAGAUGGCAACGAAGAACUACCAGAUACAGAAACUUAUACCAGGCCAUGAUGGUCACCUUAAGUUUUACAAAGGCUUCCUAGAUCGCCCUAUUUUAGUUAUGAAGUAUAUAGAGCCUCAAACGCUCUACUCGGUACAAGACUUUUGCUUUAACAACAUUGCAUUUGCAUCAAAAAUAAGCCACAAAAAUAUUUUGAAGUUCAUCGGAUGCUGCUUGGAGACUGAAACUCCCAUUCUAGUUUUUGAAUGGGUAGAAAAUUACUCUCUUGAUGAUCAUAUUCACCGCCGUCAUGAACUCAAUUCUGAGCCUUUACUAUGGAGGCAUAGGUUGAAGAUUGCAAUGGAAAUCGCUAAUGCAGUGGCAUAUAUUCACUUUGGACUCCCCAGACCAAUUGUUUUUAGAGACAUCAAGCCAUCAAAUAUCUUGUUAGAUGAACAUUAUGCUUCCAAACUCUAUAAUUUUUCAUUAUCAGCUCCUAUUCCAGAAGGUGAAACCCACAUAAAAAAUGAUCCCCUAAUUGGGACAGUGGAUUACAUUGCACCAGAGUACUUUUAUACAAAUGAAUGUGACGAGAAGUGCGAUGUUUACAGUUUUGGUGUAGUACUACUUGAGCUUUUCACUGGACAGAAAAUCCGUCAUCUUUUGGGAGAAGAUGAACAUUUUACAAUGUUAAUAGACUGUAUGGUUAACCACAUUGGAGAUGAUAUUACAGUUGAAUAUUUUUGGGCUACCUACGUGAAGAAACAUGUUGACAACAAUACAUUUAAUGAGAUAGUAGAUCCUAUUAUUACCGGAGAAGGAUCAUAUCCCGGGAAAGAGCAGCAGUUGCAGGCCUUUAUAGAUCUUAUCUUUCGAUGUCUAAACACACCAGAAGAAAGACCAACGAUGAUUGAUGUGACAAAGCAACUCAGGCAAAUUUAUCGAUCUGCUACAAAUUAAUUAUGUCUUGUUGAGGAUGGCGCCUCUAUAUAUGUUGUUGGUAGUUCACGUCUUCAUUUCCCAAUGUAGAAGUUGUAAUCUUAAUGUAUUAUAAA